AUGUCCCGAAAGCAUCAUCGACUCAACUCGAUUGAAUCUAAAGGGAAGCGCUCACGCCAAAUGUACGCCGACGAAUCGGAAGACUCAGAGUUAUCUGACAUUGGCGAGCUUGUCGACGACUCGUACUCUGCUCUCCACCAGUUCUUAUGUUGGGAACCUGACCAUGCCUCCACUGGUGCCCUUGUCGUUGCCAACAAACACGACUAUAACGAUUCACGUUUGAUUUACAGCUACGGCGAUACUGUUUUUCAACGAGGUCGUCGUGGUGAGGCGAGGGUCGCCAAGCAUGACGAGUCUGGCCUCUUAGUUUGUGCCGAGGGCCAUGACCCCAAGGUAGUGCUUCCUCGACAACUCGAGCUGCACCUUCGAGUUGACCACCGGGGCAAAAGCCGUUAUUGUCGCGAGACACGCCAGAUCGUUCGAGAUGAGUUUAUGCAGGGCUCCGUCCCAAAUAUCCCGCCGAACAUCUACUUUGCCUUACCUUUCAAUCCUGUUAUUAAUGCCCGGUAUUGCUUCAAUUGUCGCACGGUGGUUUCUGGCAAUCACGAGUACACGAAAACCGAAUGUGGUGACAGUCUCCUCGUACCAGUGAAGGCGCAAAAGUGCUUCCGAGGUACUUGGGUAGUUGUUGGCCCCUUGCCAGGCAUUCUUGACGAUUAUCAGUCGACAAGUUACGAGGAUGAAGAGAAUUCAUUCAUUCUUCUUACUGAUAACCCUUCAGAGUAG